AUGUUGCGUUUCGGCCUGAUCGUUCACAUUUUCAGAGUUCCUCCUGAUUAUCCGGAUCCAUGGCCUUAUAAAGAGAAGGGAUGGCACUAUAUUGAUAUGCUGAAAGAUCGUACCAAACCUCAUUUCCAUCAAAACUCGAAACUUAUUCGUGGUGGAAGGCGAAACAAUAGCAGUAAGUUGUCCGCCGAACUCGCUGAUCAACUUGGGCUCUAUCACAUGCCAGAGUUCAAAAUGGAAGAUAUUCUCAUUGAUCGAUAUGGAAACGACCUGAGGAAGUUCUAUCACCUGUUUCCCGAGAGUUUCCGAAUACCUGACAUGGACAUGUUCUAUAAGAAUCCUAUGAGCGACCUGACAGCAAAGAUGCAACAACGCAUAUUUAUAAGUCGUUUCGAUCAGUUUUUGAACGCGGUGGCUCACAUUUUGAAUACAGGUCAAGGAGUGGUUUUGGAACGAUCGCCUUAUUCGGACUUUGUCUUUGCGAAUGCCAUGCGGUUGAAAAAUUACAUAGAUUUCAAACAUUACUACUAUGUGCGGAAGUCUGCAGUUAAACAGCUGCACUUUUGGCCUCAUCUUGUUAUAUACCUUGAUACUCCCGUGCAGAAA